AUGACAAGGCGUGAAAGCGAAGAAAAGAACUUCGCCGACGAAACCGGAGUAGCCGUCCCCUUCCGAAGCCCCACCACACCCCUCACCCACUCCUCCACCGGCCUCUCUUUGCAGUUUUCGCAGUCGCUUUCGUGUUCUUAUGCCAAAACUGGAGUAUGGGAGGGAGGGCGGUCGAGGCGGGCUAGCGGAGGUUUGGCAAUGGACAGUGGUGGUGGUGGUGGUAAUUCUCGUGCGCAACUAGUGAACGAUACACCUGCGGAACUUUGUAUACGUGAUCCACCGACAGCUACGACACACUCGGUCACGACUCGUCAAAGUGCCGUCACUGAUGACGUCUACGUGGAUAUCAUUGGAACAUUCCACAGACCAUGGGGCCUCGCGAGCUGGAGGGAAAAACUUUUCACUUUCUUACGCGCCAACCUUCAACUUUUGCCGUUUUUUGCGACCUACCUGUUCGCCCUCCCCUACCCUCCCCUCACCUCUCCCAGGUUUCGUGGUUGGCGUGAUCGUUUGGAUUACCCGCUGUGA